AUGCUACGGUCGGAAAAUAACUCCAUCAAUUACGAAGGAUGGGCUCAAACUUUCCUUUAUGUUUCUGCCAAAUUGGGCUACACUGGCAUAUUUGAGAAACUGGUCAAACAAUACGGCGGUAUAAACUCUCUUGUGGAGGGAACCACUCCCUUUCAUAUCGCGUGUGGGUCGGGUAAUUUUGAUGUUGUACAAAUGGCCUUCGAGAUGGGAGGCAAUUUGAUGAGUCGGGAUUCAGAAGGCGAGAUGCCCGUGCAUGCUGUUGUGUGGGGAGAGGUUCAUGGCAAUUGGGACAUUAGUGGAACCCUCAGAUAUCUCAUUGGCAAAGGGACGUCCCUCAGAGCGACAACUGAACAUGGCAAAUCAUUGCUCCAUCUGGCAGCAGAAACGUCAAAUCUCCGUGCAAUAGAGUCUUUGGUUGGCGUUGAGGCUCGGUGUGAUGUCUUUGAUAACUUUGGAAACACACCACUGCAUGCUGCUUCUUGCACCGAAGAGCUCAUAGGACCAUUGGGACAUGAGCAUAGGCUUGAUUCUAUGCCAUUCUACCACCCUACACUUCGCCGCCGAGUCACCGAAAUCGAUUUGGCAGAUUAUUUCGAUGAGGAGGAGAUAGGUAGGGAAUAUUUUACCAAAAUCGAUGGGCUGAAAUUUUUCGAUCGCAAACCAAAGCCAGCUGAGCGUGGCAGCGUGGAUGCGGUGCUGAAAUUGUUGCGAUAUGGAGCUACAGUAAAUCGACAAAAUAACGAUGGUGUUUCGCCAUUACAUCUCGCAUCCCGGUGUGCGAAUGUACCACGAAUGCUGGCACUCCUAAGAAAUGGAGCGGAUCCGAACAUAAAAGACAGUUCUGGAUGGACAGCUCUCCGAUAUGCCAUCAGUGCUAAUUCGGGACCAGCAGUGCAACUCUGUUUGGAGCAUGGCGCGGACACGAGUGGCAGCGCGCUAGUUUCUAUGGGACAAGAGAGUGAAAUAAGGCUUACCAUUCUUGAACACAUCAAGUUCAUACGUGCUACUGAGCUGCUCUAUAUUCUGCGAAAGCACGAGGACCCUGAAUGUUCGGAUGAAAGCAUUGAGGGGCUCGGAAGUUUGCAGGAUCGAGGUGAAUACACUUUGGACAAUAUGCUCCUGAAACUUGAAAGAGAGAAGGAAAUGAGGGAAGCAGAAAUAAGGCGUCAUGUGGACCAAGCGAUGCGACACACCACGGAUGGACUGGGAUAG